CUCGGUCUCUCGGUCUCUCGGUCUUGCCUCUCCGAGUGACAACGAUUGUUUUGUUGAGCAAUUCGUCAAUAGCCAACCACAUUGUGCCGGCGGUGACAUCGACAUCGACAACGACAUCAUGGCGGCCAUCUCCAACAAGGCAGCCAUGUCAUCGGAUGCUGUCGAGACAUAUCCUGAAGUCAUUGAGAAGCUGAAGAGGUUGUACAAGACUCGCAUCCGCCCAGUUGAGGAACUCUACUCGUUUCAGCAGUUUCACUCGCCGCUUCUCGAAGAUGCCGACUUUGAAGCCGCUCCCAUGGUGAUGCUGCUGGGCCAGUACUCGGUGGGCAAGACGUCGUUCAUCCGGUACAUGCUCGAGCGUGACUUCCCUUCGCAGCGGAUCGGGCCCGAGCCGACGACGGACCGGUUUGUGGCGGUGAUGUACGGCGAGGAGGAUCGGGUUGUUCCUGGAGCGGCGGCGUCGAUCCGCAAAGACAAGCCGUUCCAGGGCCUGGACAAGUUUGGCGUCUCGUUCCUCUCCAAGUUUGAGGUUGCCGAGUGCCCGUCGCCGAUCCUGGAAAAGGUGACGUUCAUCGACACGCCAGGUGUGCUUUCGGGCGAGAAGCAGCGGCUGGGGCGGACGUACGACUUUGUGGAGACGUGCGAGUGGUUUGCGGAGCGAUCGGACCUCAUUCUGCUCCUCUUUGAUGCCCACAAGCUCGACAUCUCUGAUGAGUUCAAGCGGUCGAUCGAGGCGCUGCGCGGGCAUGACGACAAGAUCCGGGUUGUGCUCAACAAGUCGGACAUGGUCAACUCCCAGCAGCUGAUGCGGGUCUACGGCGCGCUCAUGUGGUCGCUUGGCAAGGUCUUUGCCACGCCCGAGGUGGUCCGGGUCUACAUCGGCUCGUUCUGGGACCAGCCGCUACACAACUCGGAGAACCAGGCGCUGUUUGAAGCCGAGGAGCAGGACCUCAUGGCUGACCUCCGCUACCUCCCGCGCAACGCCGCCGUUCGCAAGAUCAAUGAGCUUGUCAAGCGCGCGCGUCUGGUCAAGGUUCACGCGCUCCUCAUCUCGCAUCUCCGAGGCGAGAUGCCGUCGAUGUUCGGCAAGGGCAAGAAGCAGAAGGCGCUCCUCGACGGCAUGCUGGAGGUCUUCAAGACUGUCAUGCGCCAGCACCAGCUCCCACCGGGCGACUUUCCGGACCUCGAGCGGUUCAAGGCCCGCGCAGCAGAGUACGAGUUCAACAAGUUCCCCAAGCUCAACAUGUCGAUGAUUGAGUCGAUGAACAGCGUUCUCGCGGCAGACAUUCCGCAGCUGCUGGAACUUAUUGCGCCUGUCGACGACGGCGCCGGUCCGUCGUCGCCGCCGCCCAACCCGUUUGGCGCAUCGGACUCGGACUGGGCCAUCGGGCCGGAGGAGAAGCAAAAGUGGGACUCCUACUUUGUCAAGAUGGGUCCGGUCGCCGGCAAGCUCUCUGGCGCGUCAGCCAAGCCGGCCAUGGUCGCCUCCAAGCUCGACACGACCACUCUCCGCGACAUCUGGACCCUUGCCGACAUCGAUCGCGACGGCCAUCUCGACGCGGACGAGUUUGCUGUCUGCAUGCACCUCCUCCAGCAGAAGAAGAACGCGCCUGGCUCGCCGCUCCCGACUGCGCUCCCGGCCAACCUUGUCCCGCCGUCCAAGCGCGGCGGCAGCGAGGCGAGCCCCUUUGAUUGA